AUCUCAAUGUCAGCCUAAACAGGAAUGCUGAUGAGCAGUAAUAUCAACUCUAAUGCAGGUAACAUUCACUGUGGAUUUACGUGCAAUCGAUGAUGUCGGAUGUGAGGCCGUUGUUUAUGAAUUAUCUAAUCAGAUUUAUAAAAUAUGUGAUCGACGUGCUGUAUCUUGGAUCAUUUCAGCAUGAUGCAAAUGCAGUAAUUUGUGAUCUAGAACUGAGCUCACGGCUACGAUCCGCGGCUUACACCGCUGUCCACAGAAUGAUAGGGGAGAUUCACGAAGAGGUUCCUGUGCUAAUGAGCGGAGCAGGACAUGAUGCAAUGGCCAUGUCUCAUUUAACCAAGGUCGGAAUGCUAUUUGUCCGCUGUCGGGGAGGCAUAAGUCACUCCCCCGAGGAGCACGUAUUGGACGAUGAUGUUUGGGCAGCCGGUAUAGCUGUUCUUGCAUUUCUUGAGUCUCGCAUGUAAUUUGUAACAUU